AGGUGCCUAUCAUUGAUGAGCAACAGAUUGUGAUUGAGCAACCCCACACUGAAGUUUUAGCAAUGGUGGAUGGUCAACAACUGCAACAGAUGUUCAGCUCUGUUGAAACGGCAGAGGGCAACAGCAGUGAACCGACAACCGGACUGGAGCUCACUGAGGAACAGCUGUCAAGCUUACGAAAUGGUGAUAUGGUGGAGAUGGAUGGGGAACUUUAUGUUGUUGAGCUCACGCAGGACGCUACGAAUCCCAACAAACAAAUGCUGGCUUUUCUGCCCGUCAACACCAUGGUUCAAGGCACUCAAAGCUCAUGAUAAGCAGACAAAUAACAUCUUUAUUACUUAUGGGUUUUUCCCCAUGCCAUCAACAUUUUUGAUCUAUGUUGUUUGUUGAAGCUGAGAUUUAUGUUGUAAGAUUAAUUCAUUUCAACUAUUUGGACAUGAUUUUGAUGACUGGUCAGUACAAAAAUUAGUCAUUGAAAAGAUAACACUCAUGCAAUAGAAAAAUGUGAAGUACGGUACCGUAAUUAAUUUGUCAACAUUAGAAUUUUGUUUGUAUGUUAAACUUAGGAUUUUGUUUGCAUGUUAAACUUACUGUCUCUGGCCUGGAACUUAUUUUUGAAAUACAUUUUCUUGUUGAGUUUGCUCUGAUGUGGGAGGACAUGCUUUAAAGAAAUUGUUGAAAGAAUUUUUCACACAAACAGUAACUGAGUGAUGCUUAAUUCUUUUUUUAAUUGCCAUUAACAGAAUCCUCAUUAAGAGAAGUAACCAGCUUUUAAAAAAAAAUUAUUUGAAGAUGUAUCCAUGUAAUGUUAGGUGGGAUGAGUGUUAUCCAGAAUAGUUUUUAUUUGAUUCUGCCAAUUUUGUUAUUUGAGGUCAUGGUUGAUGAAGUGAGUGACAAUUAACUACCCGGUACCAGUAUAUAAAAAAUAUAUUUAUUAAGCUAGCAGUUAGUUAUAAGCUAUGAACUGAUGGAUAGUUGAAGUCUUGAAGCUCAUGAUGGUUGCUUAAAAAUGAAUUGUAAAGCAAAUUUUUUUUAACACAAAAUCUAUUACCUUUUUCAUGCCUAUUUAUAAAAACAUCUUGAUUAUGCCAAGUACUUUAAAUGUUUUGGUUUAAAAGAAUCUUAUUUUACCGUAUCUUAAAUACAGCAUCAUUAAAGUGCUUUUUUUAAUUAUAAAUGUAAAAAGAAUAUGGAUGAAAAUUUGAUAAUUUUGGACAUUGCUAUUCUGAAUAUUUUUUUAAAUGACACUUUCAUUGCCAUUUAAUUACCGAUGGGGUAUGUUUGUUAUAUAGACACAGAAAAAUAUGACUUUUUUUCUGUACCGGUACUUAAUUGUUGAAAUGAACUUUGCAGUUAGUAGUAGUGAGAGAAUUAUGUUUCAUGGCCCAUUUAUUCAAAUCAUAUGUACAUAGACAAUGUUAAAGAUGACUUUGGUUCUUGCUGUGUAUCUCUUGAAUGUGUUCUCAUUUUUUCUUGCCAUGUGAGUGUCUGUGUAUUCAAAGUAGACUGUUUCUUACUGUGUUUGAGUAAAUGUGUAUUGAUAAGCAUUUUUUCAAAUGGAGCCAAGUAACAAUUUUAAUUUUGAGAAAAGAAGAAUAUAAAAAGAAAACUAUUUCUCAUCAGAGUUAUCUUUAAUAUACCGGUAAUUAUAAGAACCAUUACGCUAAAGAAAUGAAGCAAUUUAAAUACAUUCAGAUUUUGAAAAACAAUGAUAAUGAUUUUCUAAAAUUUAAAUACCUGUACUGUAAAUCGAAUAAAUCAAAUAUAUCUGCUUUUAUUUUAGUUUAUAAAGUACCGUUAAUACAAACUAAAAUUUAAAUAUACUUUACUUUAAAUAAGAAAAUGCCAUUUAAGUGGAUCAGUGGAGCGAAACUUCAUAGCCCAAUAGCAUUGACUAAAACCGGCACUCUAAGACUUAUACCCUGGUAUCUAAAGACCCAAUUAUGUGACUGAUUUGAACUUUGUUACUGGUAUAGUUUUCAAUGUUAAAAUAAAUAACCAUAAUAUUUCAGUACCGUAUACAGAAUUUAGCGUAGAAUUAUAUUUUUUAAAAGAAAAUAUAUAACAAUGUGCUGUAAAAGGGAUCUGGGACUUCCUUUUUUUUUUUUUUAGUUGAGGGGCACGAAAAGAGGAAGGGUAGGCCCAACAAUUAACAAUUUAAAAACACAUGACAUCUGAAGUAUUUCUCUAGCGUAGAACUCGGCUGUCAAUGAACUCCUUUAGUGACGAUAAUGAUUUAAUUAGUGAUCAUUUAAAUUUGGUCAUUUAAGGUCAAGUUUAGACCAAAAAAAUUAAGUAAAAUAAACAUCAUUACAUAGAUACUUAUUUUUAAAAUAAGGAAUUGUGAUGACUUUUCAUAAAAGCAAGUAAAAAUAAUGGCAAAAUGUCUGCCAUUAUGAUCUCAAUAACAUCAGGUGAUAUUUUAUAGUUGUACAUGAUUAAACAAAUAAAAUAAAGAGAAAAUCCCUUUUUGUCUCUUUUGACAAUUUAUAAUUAACGUUAAGGUAAGUAACAAAAACCAUAACUCAGUUUUGGAAAAUUAACUCUACCAAUUUUGAAUAAAUCCCUCUUCGGUUUAUAUUCAAUGUUUCAUACUGUGUGAGUGAAUGUGAAUUCGUGAAUGCAUACUCAUACUCAAUGUUUCUUACUGGGUGGGCGAUGAAGUGAAUUCUUGAAUGUAUACUCAAUGUUUCUUACUGUCAAUAUUGAGAAUUGAGAAAAAUAAAUUAUCAAAUAGUAAAAAUAUGACAGUUCAUUAGCAACAUUUUUAUUCGAAAAGAGGGGGGUGGGGAAAUAUAAAACUAUCACAAAAUCGUAAAUAAAAUGAAGUCUUGAAAAUUAAGACAUUGCUAACCUGCCUCUAAUUUUCAAUAUCAGUACAUGUACCGGUAUAAUCUGUGUCAGUGUCACAUAAGUCUGCCAUUAACUGUAUCAUUAGUGCCAGGAAAAGACAAAAGUUGAAAACAUUUGUAGCACUAUUUUUUAGCCACUACACUCAGGAUUGCAUUCGAAAAAAAAACCCUACUUUUUAUAAUAGCUAAUAUCCAAAUUAAAAACAUAUUUAUAAUGAUUGUUUCAAACAGUUUUUACCCAACCCAUUUCUUGUACUGUAAUAGUCAUUUUGAACAUGUUCCUAGUCUAGAUUUUAAAAGUUUUCCCAUGAAAAAAAAAGAUUUCACCAAUUGCAAAACUAUGGUUACGGGUACGGUACCGGUACUUAAAAUGAAAUAAGUUCCCCGCAGUGAUCCCAUUUGUCGGAGUGACCACAAUCCCCAGUGUGACCCCAACCCCUAGACUGAUCCCAAUCCCUGGUGUUAUCCCAUUCCCCAGAGUAACCCCAAUCCCCGGCGUAGUAUAUAGUAAUAUAGUCUUUAACUUAAAUAUGUAUAUAGCUUAGACAAUUAUAAGUACCGGUAUAAGAGAAAAUUAUAUUGAAAAUUAUUAGAAAUUGUCAAAAUUAUCUUCUAAUUAAAAUCUUAUUUCGUGAUACCCAGUAUUUGAGGAAACUACAUGAAAGUUAUAGAAAAAUACAAAACAUAAUUAAUAAUAAGGACAUUAAUUAUCAUUGUUAAACUGUUAUAGUUACCGGUAUAGAGACUUUCAUUACCCAAUAUAGAUAAAAAAAUUUACCUUCUAGAAUAAUUUAGAAACUGAUAAAAAGAUAAUGCACUAAUACUGAGAAAAUUCCCAGGAAGGUAUAGAAACUUAACUACCCCGGUACAAUUUAUUCAAUGUACUAGGGAAAAGUGGCGGGGAUAUAAAACUAUCACAAAAUCUCUGAAAUCGUAAAUAAUAUAAUGUCUUGCAAAUUGAGACAUUGCUAAACUGCCUCUAAUUUUCAAUACCGGUACUGGUAUAAUCUGUGUCACAUAGUCUGCAAUUACCUGUACCUUAAGUACUGGUACCAGGAAAAGACAAAAGUUGAAAACAUUUGUAAUUUGUAGCACUAUUUACUAGCCGCUACACUCAGGAUUGCUCUAGAGAGCCCUAUAAAAUUUUAAAAAAUCAUUCAAAUCAAUAAGGGAGUAGAAAUGUAAAAGUACUAAAAGUUGUACCAUUAAAAUCUGUUAAAAAAUGUUGGAGAUCUAGCCUUUUCAAAUUAUUGAUCUUUCUGUAGAAUUCUAGUUGCAGUUGCAGACUUGUCCCACAAGGGGUGGAUGCCAGUAUUAUUACUUUUCAAUAUAUUUGAGUUCAGUACCGGUACCUUACAGCAUUUGAAUACCGGUAUUGAUAAUCGAGAGUAUGUAAAUUAUUGUAAAUUAAGUUUGAUCAAGCUCCAUCCACCCAUGCAAAAGUCUACGUUUAUCAACGCCAUGCAAGAAAAUCAGGAAAA